AUGGGAAACGAGCAAAGUCAUGAUUUCUCUCAAUGUGGGGAGCAUCGUCCUCGUGCAGCAAAUACAGUACUGAACAGGCCUUGUCAGGUAUUAAUUCAGCUUUCCUCUGAUAUUCCUCAAAUUAAAAGAAGCAAAAUACUGUUAUCCUACAUUACAAAUGAUAAUAUAAUUAUAGCAGUAGAUGCUCAUGGUGCUUCAAGCUACAUUCUCGAGUCUGGCACACAGCGUGAACAAUAUAUUUUAGAGCACCCAAAUUACGUUGUGUCUGCUUAUUACAGUCAUGACAAUCUAUAUCUUUUAGCAUAGACUAAAAUCUUUUUAUACUAGGAAGCCUUAAUUUGUAGUAAAUAAAAUCUAUUUUUUAUUAUUAUUUCCUUUAAAUAGAUAUAAUUCUUGCCCUGAACAUCGGAAUUUUUGUGAUUUUGGAUUCGAAUUUAUUAAGCUUCGUCAAGGAAAUAAAACCUCUUGCUUUGCUGCCUGGGAUAAUAACUGCUAUGUGUGAAGGGCCUGGAAACUUGUUAAUUGCUGGCCAUUCUUCAGGCGACGUCACUAUGUGGGAUAUUCAAAGUGGGAAGAUUAUUGAUGAGUUUCACUCAGGGUAUCCGCCUACAGCAGUUUCUAGUAUGGUUUACUCUCACAAAUACUCAGUCAUUAUAACUGGAUUUGAUAAUUUAUCGGUGAGAUCUACAAUGCUAGCUAAUAUUAAACCUGUUAGAGCAUUUUCAACAAAAACUGAUAGAAGGGUUGUUGAUUUGCCAGGAAUUAAUGGAAGAUGCUCAGGGCUAGCUGUUUAUGACCAGAGAAACAUUGUGGUGGGGCUGGAUUCUACUAAUAGAACUUUAUUUGUAUGGGAUUUUAUAGGUGGCUAUCAGCUUUUAGCAACUGAAAUCCCACCGAUUUUUGAUAGAAAUAUGCCAAUAGUGCUACAAAGUAUAUAAUAAUUUAUAAUAAAUGUAAGCAUUUUUUUAUUUAAAAUAAGUAAAUAGUUAUCAGUAGGAAUGUUUAAAUAAAUUAUAAAUAGGCAUAUCUACUUUUGCCGAUGAUGAUUCAAUUGCAAUAGGAUUUUCUAAUAAUAAAGUUGUUUGGGGUGAAAUUUUAUAUGAUGAUAGCCAGCUGAAAUAUUUUUUCAAAUGGAAAGGAAAAUCGUCAAUUGACCGAGAUGGAGAACCCUCAACAAUUCACUAUUGCCGACAUUUAGAUUCCUUUGCUAUUCGGAGAAAUAAAAUGGUGACAUUGAUGGAAUAAGGAAUUUAGGCGCACUCCUUAUGGAGCAGGUAGAAUCAUACUCAUGCUAUUUUUAGCUAAUUAUAUCAUUGCAAGCCAUUGGAUUUGGGAUGCCUUCUCGAAAAGAAAUUUCUAUUUCUCCCUCAAUAAGCUUUUGUUCUGCUCAGACAGAUUUUUCUAAAGAGUCUUUCUUUAUCUAGACUGUAGAGGCAUUUUCUAGAGAGAUGGCGACUCUGCCUUAGAGAGUAGUUCUGAUCGGAAAUCAAAGAAGCAGGCUUCUAUUUUCUUCAUUUGAACCCAGAAUCAAUGCAAUUUUUAGUUUUCCUUAAGCCAAAAAAGGUGAUUUUCAGUGUUCUCCCACUAAUAUCCAAAUUUAACUUUUGCUAUUGGAAAUUCUAAAUCUCAAGUAUAUGUUUUUCACAAUUUAAGUGACCUGUUCUACCAGAAUUCCAAAGCUCCACCUAUGUUUUCUUUAAAAUCUUAUCAGCCAAAAGUCCAAAAGCUAGAAAAACAAGAAAAUUUGCCUAUUGUUUCUGUAGGGCCUUUUCAAAUCAAACCCAGAGGAUCUAGUGUGCAUAAAGAUGAAGAACAAGAAAAAGUUCAGCCUAUUAAUAAUGUUAUAGAAGAGCAAAAAGCUCCAAGAACAGUUAGCGAAGAAACGCUUAAAAAAAUACGUGAAAGGGUUGAAGGCAAGAAAAAACCUAAAAAAGUCGAAGAACCAAAAGCUGAGGCUACAGAUCCUUUAGAUACUCAAAAACCUGUCGAAGUUAAAUCUCCAGAAGCCAAAGAGCCUGCAGAAAUACCUCAACCUAUCCAAACUACUCUGCCCCAGCCUGCCAAGCCAGAGGAAUCUCCUUCCAAAUCACCCCCCAAGCCUGAAAUAAAGAAAAAAAUAACCCCAUUCCAACGAUUUGUCCAGUCUAAAAAAUCAGAAUUUCUCUCAGAAGACCCCUCUCUUACACACAAACAAAUAGUCUUAAAAGCCACCGAGCUUUGGGGUCUUCUCAAUGAACAAGAAAAGCAUCUCUAUGAAGAAGACCGAGCUCCUGACCUUACAAGUUAA